CCUGAAAAAUGCAUGUGCGUUGUGUCCUUAUCAUUCGGGUAUAUAAAGACAGGUCGCCAAACUGCGAGCCUGGUACGUGGAGAACGUACGUACAGAACGAACAACAAGAAAGCACCACAAAGAAAAAGAGAGACAGAGAGGAUACAAAGCUAAACACUGCAAUCUAGUACCUUUGAGACAAGGCUCAAACAUGGCUACCUUGAAGGAAAAAAGGACUUGUGGGCAAAGGUGUCAGGACUUUGGCCACUUCGUCUGGAAUUCUGAGGAUGGGACUUUUAUGGGUAGAACACCGGAAAAAUGGGUGUACAUCAGCCUGUAUUACGUGGCUUUCUACGUGGUGAUGACAUCCUUGUUUGCCCUGGCCAUCUACGUCCUCAUGUACACAAUCAACCCGUACACACCGGACUAUCAAGAUCGAUUAAAAUCUCCAGGAGUAAUGGUUUGGCCGGACACAUAUAAUGAUGAGGUGUUGGAGAUCACCUACAACAUGUCCGAAAAGCACAGCUGGAUGAAGAUGUCCGAAUGUCUGACACAUUUCCUUAAACCCUACAAUGACAGCACACAACACCACUGCAAUAUCCACAACUGCACUUCUGGCAAGUACUUCUUCCAACACAAGUUUGACGGUCCCAAACACACAAAGUGGUCCUGCCCUUUCUACCAAAGCACACUGGGUAACUGCUCAGGAAUAGACGACCCAACGUUUGGUUACAAAACCGCCCAACCGUGUGUGAUCAUCAAGAUGAACAGGGUCAUCAACUUCCUGCCAAACAAUGGAACUGGAAUGGCUCCAUAUGUGAACUGCACAGUCUUGGAAGGUCAUGAGAAUGUUCGUGGGCAUGUGUACUACCCAGCCAACGGGACAAUGGACCUUUCCUACUUUCCCUACUACGGCAAGCUGGCACAGCCCACCUACGUCAAUCCCCUGGUGGCUGUGAAAUUCGACCUCAUCAACCAGAGGCAUGCGAAGAUCCAGUGCAGAGUGAUGUCCAAGAACAUCGCUUACCAGAACAUCUAUGACCCUUACGAAGGAAAAGUGGACUUUUAUUUAACAGCACUGAGUUAGUGGCAGUGACUGCCCUCAUGCUUUUUAUUUGAUUUUGUGUUUAUAAUAUGAUUUAAAUGAAUGAAUGAAUGCUUGAAUUAAUGAAUUAAUCAGUAUGAAAUCUCUGGCUUUGAAAACAGUCUAAUUAUGGUGAACUUAUUCAUAUGGAAGCUCAUUCCCUCCGCUUAACUUUUUUUUUUUAAGUGAAUUGCCAUCUUAUUAGUUCCAGAUGCUAGAUCAUUAUUUAAGAUGCUAUUUAUUUAUGAGGCUAAGAAUUUCGAUAUAUUAAGAUAGCAUGUCAUUACUUUGAGAUACUAAGUAAUUUAAACACUAUUUUAAGAUACUAAGUUUUUGAGAUGUCAUCUUAUUUGCAGAUAGCAUUUCAAAAUAAUUAUGUAGCAUCUGAAAAUGAGAAAAAUACUCAUUAUUUUAAGAUACCACAUAACAGAUACUAUCUUAUCGUUUUAAUAUAUUCUAAUUUAAGAUAAACUAUUUUACGAUACAAAGUAAUUAAAAUAGUAUCUUAUAGCAUUUUAAAAUGCUUGGUAAUUGAGAUACACUACUUUGAGAUACUAUGUAAUUAUUCUGAGAUAUUAAGUAUAAAUGUAAUAUUAAGUAAUAUCAAAGCAACUGAGAUACUAAGUAAUUGAUAUACUUAUUGAUUUGAGAUACUCUAAUAGAGAUACUACUUAUACUGAUACUAAGUAACAGAGAAUAUCUUGUAAUUUUGAGAUGCUCUACUUAGAUGUACUAAGUAAUUAUUUUGAGAAUUUUGAGAUGCUACAUAAAUGAGAUUCUCCAUUUUGAUAUACUACGUAAUUAUUUAGAGAUAUUGAGAAAUUAAGAUGAGCUCAUUAUUUUAAGAUGCUUAGUAUUUAUUUUAAGAUACUAUCUUUAUUUUGCGAUGCUAUAUCAUUAUAGGAGAUUCUAAGUCAACUUUAAUAUGCACAUAAUAAAUUCACCAAACAAAUGGCGGAAACUAAUUUAAGCAUCAGGAAUGGUCUUCCAUAUAUUCUCUGCCUUUUAUUCAGUGAUAUGUUUGUAUUUUCUGUUUCUAGAUGUACAUUGAUCAUUUAAAAUGUGUUCAAUUAAUAAAGGCAUUUUUAACAAUAAUGAA